AUGGAAAAGCAUAAUGAGGAUGAUAUUGAUAUAUCAACAUAUUUUGAGGAAACUUAUUGCAAUGAAACUAUAAAUAAUAUAUUCAAGGAUCCAGAGCCAGUAUCUUUAAAAAAAGGAGACUCUUUUGAUAAUUUUGAAGAAGCUGAAUCUCACGAGCAACUUGUAAGCUUUCCUAAUGCAAAGUUAUACCUUGAACGUUAUCUUUAUGAGCGUAGAUUUUCAUGGGCACGUGCAUUCACUAUAAUAGAAUUUACGCUUGGAAUUCAAUCUACGUCAUUCGUUGAAAGUCAGAAUGCAUACAUCAAAAGGGUCUUGGAAAGUAGCAAUACAUUGUUGUGUGAUUUGGCAAGCAUUGUUAUGGUUUUUCCUGCUAUUGAAUCUUUGGUUGAGUCACUUACCAUUUAUAAGCUUUCACAAAGUAAAGAUGUGGAUGAUGAACCUGAUGCUAUUAAUUUAUCUGCUAAAUAUCUUCUAAAUCAUUUGAAACAGAAUACAGUUGAAGAAAUCUGGAAAUUGUCAAGAGUUACAAGUAGUAGAAUUAAUCAUUUUAUAUUUCUUCUUAUUAAUGGUUCAUAUAGUUGUAUAUAUCUUUUACAGCAAAAAAAAGGUCUUGUUUGUCAGCAUUUUUUUCAUUUGCUAAAUAUUACUGAGAAAGCACACUUUAACCUCUAG